ACAUUGCUACUCCCAGCAGGACGGCAAGAACCAGAAAGACCCGUGAGGAGCCAAGCCCAGGGCUAUAGGGUUCGUGCAGACACCAGGACCAUGGCCAAGCUGGUAGAGUGCGUCCCCAACUUCUCAGAGGGUUGCAACAAGGAGGUGAUCGAGGCACUGGGACAGGCCAUCUCCCGGACACCAGGCUGCACACUGCUGGAUGUGGAUGCUGGUGCCUCCACCAACCGCACUGUCUACACCUUUGUGGGAACCCCCGAAGCUGUUGUUGAAGGGGCACUGAGUGCAGCCCGUGUGGCUUGGGAGCUCAUUGACAUGAGUCGGCACAAGGGAGAACAUCCUCGCAUGGGGGCCCUGGAUGUCUGCCCCUUUGUGCCAGUGAUGAACAUCAGCAUGGGAGAGUGUGUUGUUUGUGCCCACAUCUUCGGGCAACGCUUGUCGGAGGAGCUGGGGGUGCCUGUGUACCUGUAUGGAGAGGCAGCCAGGGAGGAGAGCAGGAGAACCCUGCCUGCCAUCCGUGCCGGGGAGUACGAGGCACUCCCCAAGAAGCUCGAAAAGCCCGAGUGGGCUCCUGAUUUUGGGCUCCCAACCUUUGUUCCCCGGUGGGGAGCCACAGUGACGGGGGCCCGGACCUUCUUGAUUGCAUACAAUAUCAAUCUGCUAUGCACCAAGGAGCUGGCACACCGCAUCGCCCUUAACAUCCGUGAGCAGGGUCGUGGCGCAGACCAGCCUGGGAGCUUGAAGAAGGUGCAAGGCAUUGGUUGGUAUUUGGAGGAGGAGAACAUAGCCCAGGUUUCAACAAACCUACUGGACUUUGAGACCACACCACUCCAUGCCGUCUAUGAGGAGGUUUGCUAUAAUGCAGAGACACUGAAGCUCCCUGUGGUGGGAUCCCAGCUGGUGGGGCUUGUUCCCAAGAAGGCCAUGCUAGAUGCAGCUGAGUUUUACAUCAAAAAGGAAAAACUCUUCAUACUGGAAGAGGAACACAAGAUCAAACUGGUUGUCAGCCGGCUCGGUCUGGACUCCCUGUCUGCAUUCAAUCCCCGGGAACGCAUCAUUGAGUACCUGGUGCAGGCAGGAGAGGAGGACAAGGGGCUGGUCACAAAGCCACUGGGUGCCUUUGUGCGAGCAGUCGGCGGGAGGUCGGCAGUGCCAGGAGGAGGAUCGGUGGCUGCAACUGCAGCCUCUCUGGGAGCAGCCCUGGGCUGCAUGGUGGGCUUGAUGAGCUACGGGAAGCGGCAGUUCGAGCAGCUGGACCCGAUCAUGAGGAACCUGAUCCCUCCCCUUCACCAGGCCAUGGAUGAGCUGGUUGCGAUGGUGGAUGCUGACUCCAGUGCCUUCAGCAACUAUAUGGAAGCUAUGAAGCUGCCAAAAAGCACCCCUGAGGAGAGGGAAAGGCGAGCGAUUGCCAUGCAGCAGGGGCUGAAAACAGCAGUGGAAGUGCCCUGCACCCUGGCAGUGAAGGUAAACAACCUCUGGUCCUCACUGAAGAUGCUGGCGCACCAUGGCAACCUGGCCUGCAAAUCUGACCUUCAGGUGGGAGCCAAAAUGCUGGAAGCUGCUGUGUUUGGAGCCUAUUUUAAUGUCAUGAUCAAUCUCAAAGACAUAACAGAUGAGAAAUUCAAGACUGAGACAUCGCAGAUGGUCACCAGGCUGCUGGAGGAGGCAAAGCAAGGCUCAGCACUUGUGUUGGCGCUGCUGGAGAAACGAGAAGCUUGAGAGGAUCUCAGAGCUGGUCCAGGAUAUACACAGGGGAUGAACAAAUACAGCUGGGAAACAUGCUUAUUCCUGCCUGGGCUCCUUUAGCACCGACCUUGGGGCAGCUGCUUUGCUUAGGCAGGUCCCAGGGUUAUGUUCCCUGCCUGUUCUAGCCCUUCCUUGGCCAAGGAUGGUUUUUGCUGCCUGGGGCUUGGCCUUUACAUCCCUGUCCUCCCAUCCACGGGGCAGAGGGAGCAGGCUGGGCUGGCGGUGCCAUGGGGAUCCUGUUGGAGGCGAUGGCUGGGACCCCAUCAUGCUGCCUGGGUGGAGAUGGUUGUGCACCUCUAGCCCCCACCAUCCAACUUGUCUCUGUGACCAGAAAACACCCUGAGACACUCUGUGAGACUGGGGCAGGGCUGGGCACUGGGGCCACGUCCGUUUCUGUGCAGUGUCCUUAUGGUGGUGCGUGAAAAUGGGCCCACUGAAUCACUCACUGCUAAGGGAAGGCAUGCUGCCAAGCACAGGGCAGCACCAGGCAGUCAGCAGGAAAAAGGUGGGUAUUAACUGGGAGGUGACUAUGGAGCUCUUUAUAGACCCCGCAGUGAGGAAGAUCCAAGCAUGGGGAGGCCUAGUCCCUGUCAGCUCUGUGGUUGAGGCUGUUGCAGGGUCUGAAGGCAGAUAUCACCUCCUCUGUGGAUCAGACUGAACUUGACCUGCUCAGGGGGUGGUUGCUGGGGGAUGGGGGAGCACCAUCCCCAGCAGUGAUACAGGGGGCUGUCAGCAGGGCCCUGAGCCCACUGUCCUGCAGCAGGCCUGGGGGGAUGUGACCCCCAUGCCUGUCCCCACACACAGCACCCACAGUGGGAGCAGCGCACCAGGGUUCACGGUAGGGACGCCUGACUCACCCCAUCACCUGACACCACGUGAUUGAUCAGCCCUGCAGGACCUUUGUGCUGGGUGGGAGAGGAGUGCUGACGUUUACCCCGUGCCCAUGGUGACUGCUACAGCACCAGGAGUGGUGCCUCCAGUUUCACUGCUUCACAGUGUCACCCCUGCCCACUGCACCUUCCUCGCCCAGGCAGGGCCCUGUAUUUAAGGGGUGCCCAAGGGCUGGUACCACUGCCUCAGGAGAGCCACGCCACGGACAGCGAUCAGGACUGUGGUGCUCUCAGAAGGAACUGUUCUGUAGGGCAGCUUGGAGUCAGUAGAGAAUGUGGAACGCUAGCCAAGGCACACCACCACCACCACAGAUGCAAGUCUGCCCAACUGCCCCUCCGAAUUACCCGUUCCCUGGGCCCAGCACCCCUUGCUACCCAGCAGUGCCACCCAGCACCCCUGGGACCUGUCCCCCAGGCCCCCUUCUGCCUGGCCAUCACCCACCGGGCCACCACCCUCAUGGGCACCACCCACCGGGCCACCAUCACCAUGGGCAUCCCCCACAUGGACCACCAGGGUGCCCACCUGGGUGCCCACCAGGGUGCCCACCAGGGUGCCCACCAGGCCCCCAUGACUGCCAUCAGAAGCACAAGAAGAAGCACAAGAAGAAGCACUCCAAUUGUUCCCACAAGCACCAUGGAGGCAAGCACUCAGGCAGCUCAAGCAGCUCGAGCAGCUCUGAUUCUGACUGAAGAGAACAUCUUCUAUCCAUGUGGUGGUGAAACCCCAAGGAGACAAUAUAUGAAGACAAAUGCCCCACCAGAGCCACCUACUCAUUGUUCUGCCCCAUUCUCCCUUCUCUGCAGCCUGCAUAUUGCCUGUUAGUCAUUUUCUUGCUCCUUGUAGAUUAUUUGACCUGGAAUUAUUGUAAAUAAAUGAGUGACAGCUCUGGCUUCUGUCUUUAGUGAGAGGGCUCACAUCCCACCUCCUCACUGAGAGCCAUCCCUGUGACUGUGAUUAACAACACAAGGAGUUUUGUGUGCUGGUUUGCAGUCUGUGGUUGCUCAUCCCUCCGCAGUGAUGCUGGCUGCUACAGUGGAUCCCAUCUCAUGCAGAACUCCUUAAAUGUUGCAUGACAUUCUCCAGCUGUUUCAGAAGGGCUGGUCAGAGAAUAAAGUAAUUUCCCUCUUGCUGAGCUA